CUCCGUACUGUCCGCAUCCGGGGAUCUCAAUAAAGUUUUUUCAGUCAUUUUGUCUGUCAACAAUGGCGGAGUACGACCUGACGACCAGGAUAGCGCAUUUCCUAGACCGGCAUCUGGUUUUCCCGCUGCUGGAGUUCCUCUCCGUGAAGGAGAUCUACAAUGAGAAAGAGCUGCUCCAAGGGAAGCUGGACCUCCUCAGUGACACGAACAUGGUGGACUUCGCCAUGGACGUGUAUAAGAGUCUCUACCUCGAGAAGGAGAUUCCGCACUCGCUGAGAGAGAAGAGGACCACAGUAGUGGCCCAGCUGAAGCAGCUUCAGGCGGAGACGGAGCCCAUCGUCAAGAUGUUUGAAGACCCAGAGACCACCAGGCAGAUGCAGUCUACAAGGGAUGGGAGGAUGCUGUUUGAUUACUUGGCAGAUAAACAUAAUUUCCGACAGGAGUACUUGGACACUCUUUACCGCUAUGCGAAGUUCCAGUACGAGUGUGGGAACUACUCUGGUGCCGCUGAAUAUCUCUACUUUUUCCGUGUGUUGGUUCCUUCCACAGACAGGAACGCUCUGAGCUCACUGUGGGGGAAACUGGCCUCCGAGAUCCUCAUGCAGAACUGGGAAGCAGCCAUGGAGGACCUCACUCGUCUCAGAGAGACCAUCGACAACAAUUCAGUGAGUUCCCCUCUCCAGUCGCUGCAGCAGAGGACGUGGCUCAUUCACUGGUCUCUGUUCGUGUUCUUCAAUCACCCCAAAGGCAGAGACAACAUCAUCGAGCUUUUCCUCUACCAGCCCCAGUAUCUGAACGCUAUUCAGACCAUGUGCCCGCACAUCCUCCGCUACCUAACCACAGCGGUCAUCACUAAUAAAGACGUGAGGAAGCGCCGGCAGGUCCUCAAAGACCUGGUCAAAGUCAUCCAACAGGAGUCUUACACAUACAAGGAUCCCAUCACCGAGUUUGUGGAGUGCCUGUACGUUAACUUCGACUUUGACAGCGCGCAGAAGAAACUGAGGGAGUGUGAAUCGGUACUGGUGAAUGACUUUUUCCUGGUGGCUUGUCUGGAGGAUUUCAUUGAGAACGCUCGGCUGUUCAUUUUCGAGACGUUCUGUCGGAUUCAUCAGUGCAUCAGCAUCAGUAUGUUGGCGGAUAAGCUGAAUAUGACUCCCGAGGAGGCAGAGCGAUGGAUAGUCAACCUGAUCCGCAACGCCAGGCUGGACGCAAAAAUCGACUCCAAACUGGGCCACGUAGUGAUGGGCAACAAUGCUGUGUCGCCAUACCAACAGGUCAUUGAGAAGACCAAGAGCCUUUCCUUCCGCAGCCAGAUGCUCGCCAUGAACAUCGAGAAGAAACUUAGCCACAGUAACAGGAAUGAGACCCCCAACUGGGCGACGCAAGACUCCAGCUUCUAUUAGGCGAGUGGAUGAGAGACUUUUUAGAGUUUAAACCUUAUUUUUUACGCAAACCUCUUGCUUCAUUCUUAGUUAUUUCUUUUCAUUCAUUUUACCGUGGCUGCUAUUAAGUUAUUUAGAAAGCACCCUUUGUUUAAUCCAUUAAAGCAGUAAAGGAUUCGGUCCUGA